GACUCAAUAACUCUAUCACAAGUGCUCGAGUUACAAUAAAGCGUUCAUCAAAAUGGAAGCUACAGAAAAAUGCUGCGAUACGCAAUUUAAAGUUUUAUCCACUGGUGAUUACAUCCUACCGCCACCGUUGCAAGCUUCCAUCGACAAAAUCGUAGAAAAAGAAGGAUAUAUCUCUCACAAAACUAUCAACAGAUCCAUAUCCACCAGCGGAGGCAACUUUUUGGCGGAUCUGUUCGAAGUCGACAUCAAAGGAAAAACUGCCGACGGCGAUAAAGAGACAAAUAUCUUUAUUAAAAAUAAAAUGGAAGACAUAGCUGUGACUGUUUUAGAUGUUUCCGAAUGUUAUAACUUAGAAAACUUCUUUUACGGAGAUCUCUCAAAGAUGUACGAUGAUAUACAAAACAAAGCGAACAUUCCAAUUGAAGAAAGAUACAAUAUGGUUAAAAGUUACGAUGCUACAAAUCCGAAUGCUAUAAUUCUGGAGAAUCUUUCUAAAAAGGGUUUUACUACUGUUCAUCGAAUGGAGGUAGCUCCUCUGAAGUUUGCGCAACUGUCGGCCCAGCAGCUGGCACGGUUCCACGGCCUGUCCUGGGUCUUGGAGAAACAGAAUCCUGAUUACUUUGCAAAGAAAAUUAGGACUAUCAAACCGACAUAUAAAUUAAAUGAUGAUUACCAGAAAUUCGUUGACAAUAUGGCCACGUAUACUGAUAAAUGUGUGGAUGGAGAAAAAAGAGUUAAACUAAAAAAAUUUGGAUCCCGAAUGAUGGAGGCAAUGCAAAGGAAUUACUUUGAAAACGAUGAUAGUAGAUGCUGCUUAUGCCAUGGAGACUACAGGGCUAACAAUAUUCUUGUAAAGAAAGAUGGCGAAGAAAUAAUUGAAGUCAUACCAGUAGAUUAUCAGCUCCUGUACUACGGCUGUCCCGCCCUGGACUUUAUCUACUUCAUCUUCCCCUGCACCGACCAAGAGUUUCGAAGACAACAUCUCGACGACUUGAAAGAUCUGUACUACGAAAGCUUAAGAAAGUUCCUUCAAUAUUUCAAUAUGGAUGUCGAGUCAGUAUACCCCAGGGAUGAAUUUGAAAGAGAAUACAAAAAAAGAUUAGAAUACGGUCUAACAAUAGCUCUUUUGUUAACCCCUGUAUUAUUUACUAAUGACGAUGAUGUCCCUGACAUUGCACAUGAUGAUUUAGGAUCCAUCUCUGUUACUCCAGACUUGAAAAUGGAUGAGAGGAUCAGAGGCCUUGUGGACGAUUUCGAGAAGUGGCAUAUUUUGUGAGGUAUACUUGUUGCAUACACUUGUUAUUAAUUUUAACUGUUUAAUAUGAUACUAUUUUGGAUUGAGGUGUAAUUCUUAAAAAUUAGGAGUACUCUUUACUAUUAAAUUUAUUUUGAAUAUUUUA